AUGCAGUUCCUAAUCGUCGCUUGCGCUCUUUUGGCCGUGGCUUUCGGCCAGAACACUGGACGCUACCAGGGCUAUCAGGGCUACCAGGGCUACCAGGGCUACCAGGGCUACCAGGGAUACCAGGGAUACCAGGGAUAUCAGGGAUACCGUGGCAACGCCGGUAACCCGGGCUUUCAGCCCGUCCAGCCCGCCAAACCCGUCGAGACCAAAGAGCCAGAAGUAGUCGCAGCCAAGGCCCCAGUCUUCGUCAAGGGAGCCUACGAAAGCGGACCGUACGCUCGUAUUCUGAACCAGAACCAGGAUAUCUCUCCGGACGGCAGUUACGCCUACAGCUACGAUACUGAAAACGGAAUUUCCGUAGCCGAGAAUGGAGCUCCCGCCAACGGUCGCAACGGCGCAGUGGAGGUUGUAACCGGCCAGUAUGGUUACACCGCCCCCGACGGAACUUCCUUCCAACUCCGAUACGUCGCCGACGAAAACGGCUUCCGUCCCGAGGGUGUCCACAUCAGCAGCGUAGGUGCAGCUUACCCUGGUUACUCCCGACAGUAUGAGGGUCGUACAGCCCGCGACGUGAUCGGGAUUUACGAUCUACCAACAGACGUAGAGACUGCUCAGGACCUCGCUGUCGUACCGAAGCAAUGA